CGUGCACAGUGUUGUUUGAAGUAUCGCAUUGACGCUAAGAUAUCUUACUUUAAAAACGAAGUUUGAUUUUGCCAAGUUACUCUGGAGGAAACCAUUUUGUUACAGAAAUUGUCGAAGUGUUUUGGACUUUUCUGUCAUAUCCUUGGAUGAAUCGUUGUGUGACGACGUCAUGAAACAUUUCAAACAGUGAACUGAGAGAUAACAUUUGUAUCUUUUGUUCUUUGUAAGAUCAAUAACUUUAUGAACUGCGACCCGUAGUCUUAUGAACACAAAAAUAACUUCAGAUAGAAUUCGAAAUCCGUUAUUCGUUAGUCACUGAGUGAAACGCACUGCCAGCACUAGUGAUAUUAACUCAUUUAGUGACUGGCUACACGGAAGUAUCAUGCUUUUAUGUUAAACUAUCUAAAAAAUAAAGCUUACUGUGUCUCUGUAAUUAAAAACAAAGGUUGUGGAGAGAUUCUUAACCUCUAAGUCGAAGAGUUCGUAAUUACAACAAUGCUGACUGGAUCUUACGCUGGUCAGACGUGCAAAAAUAAGCGCGAUGGCAUGGGAACAUAUCUCUAUAAAAAUGGAUACUACAAGUAUGAAGGUGAAUGGAUUAAUGGUAAAAGAUGUGGGACUGGAAGAUUUUCUAUGAAGGAUGGAAGUAUUUAUGAAGGCAGCUUUAUUGAUGGGGAGAUGUGUGGAAAUGGACGAAGAUUUUAUGCACUAUCAAAAAACGAAUAUAUCGGUCACUUUUUGUUCGGGGAACGUCAUGGGUAUGGUCUAAUGAAGUAUGGAGAUGGAUCCACGUACGAAGGAGAUUGGUAUCAUAAUUUGCAACAAGGUCAUGGAAAGUAUGUCGAUGUAGACAAGAAUAAAUAUGUCGGUGAGUUUUUUCAAAAUAAAAAAAAUGGACCAGGAUGUCUGCAUUCACACAAACUUUCUUACAUAGGAUAUUGGAAAAAUAAUAUUUAUGAUGGUAAUGGUAUCCUAAAGAUGAUAAACGGAAUGACAUAUGAAGGGGAAUUCAAAAAUGGUAAACCAAAUGGACAGGGUAAACUAACACGCAAAGCAAAUCUGUUACCUGAUUAUGAAGGUUUAUGGGAAGAUGGUCUACCCUGUCAAGUAGCAAAUCAUAUGAAGUUGUCAAUUGAAUUGGAAAAAGAGAAUUUAGGGUCAAAUUCAUCCUGUUUAGCUGAAUAUCGAAAUUCUCCAAUCAAAGAGAAAAGUUAUCAGUUUGCUUCAUCUUCAAAGAUGGAAAUUGUAUCAAAUGAAUUGGAGAUGAAAGUUAAUAUUGAUAUUUGCAUAUACAAUAAUACUCGAAGGAUUUUAAUUGAAGAAAGUCAUCGACAACUUGCUUUAUGGAUAGGAAAAGUUUGUAAAGAUGAUAUGCAAAGGAAAUUUUCUGUUGAUCUUCAAAUUUCAGUGGAAACGCCACUCUUGUUAUUACUAAAGGAAAAAGGGAUUUAUACAAUGGAGACACCUUUCGGUUCAUACAUCUAUCCAGUUGGUUCAGUAAAGUUAAUUUCCAAUAAAACAGGAAUAGAUGAACAAAAUUCACCAGUUCAUUCAAUUGAUGAUAACAUCGAUCAUAUUAUAACUAAUUUUGAUUUAAACGAAGAAGAUAAAAGGAAUGUAAAUAAUCAACCGAGUAAUAGUAUUAUAGACAAUGAAAAUCAACAAUUACUGAAUGAAGUAUUUGUAUACAAACAAUCUACUAAACGUGGUUUCAUUUCUUAUUCUAUAAUAAAAUCUCUCAUCAAUAAUCAAAAUAUAAAUGAAACAAUCCAUAUAGAAGAAGAUGUUAAGACAAUAUCAAUGAUAGAUGAUCAUGAAUAUUGUAUUGAUUUAUCAAAGAUUGAAAAAUCAGUACAUUUAUUUGAAGAAUUUACAAAUUCACCAUGCCUUAAUCAACUACAAUUUGGUGAACAAUUUAUUCUAGUCGUUGAAGAUAUAACACCACGGAAUGAAGAGGAGAAUGAAGAAUUUCACGUGGAUACGAUUCCAGAUUAUAUUUUGAGAACACCAGAACGUCUUUCGCCGUUAUUUAUCAAGUUAUGUUACAUUUCAAGGGAAUAAUAUAUUAAAUGAUUUUAAAAUUUAGGAAAACGUAUAAAAUUCUAUUACAA